AGUAUUUCAACUGCUCACAUUCUCUUCCUCCACUAGUCCCCACCAAUAGGCAAAUGGGCAAUGUGUUCUUUCUCUCUCUAACAAGUUUUUGUUUUUAAAUUUCAAAUCAAACUCCAUUUUAGUUUUUAACCCAUCGUAUCUCUUUAUGUUUAUCUCUCUAUUUAUAAUAUACUUCUACUAGGAGGAGGAAAAGGAGGAGUAUUUUCCAUUUUGUCAGCUCAUCUCUGUAAUUGUAUGACUCUUGAUAUUUUGUCAAUUCCUUUUUUGGGAAGCUAAGGAUUUCCCCAAUUAUUUUCUUGGAUUUUGGAAUUAGGAUCAUUCAAUCAGGAACUAGUCUAUUGUUCUGAUUUAUUUCUGGGAGUGGGAUCUUUGAAUAUGGUAAGCUUAGGGAUUUCAAUCCCAAAUGAUUUGGUUACUUUCAAUGUUGGUGGAAAAAUCUUUGAAACCACUUCAACAACGCUAGCCAAUGCGGGUCGUAAUUCCUUCUUUGGGGCUCUCUUUGAUCAGGAUUGGAAUCUUGACCUUCAUCAUCAGCAAUUGCAAUCACCAAUUUUUAUUGAUCGUAAUCCAGAUUGUUUUGCUGUGUUGCUUGACCUUCUCCGAACCGGGGAGCUCUAUGUUCCCCCUCAUCUUCCUCACAAGCUUCUUUUCAAAGAAGCCCAAUUCUAUGGUCUUUCUGACCAUGUUCGGGCGGCUAAAUGGGGUCCUUUUGAUGGUAAUUGCCUCCGUUUAACUACAUCUAUCACUGGGCGUGCUCCUGGAGAUGGAACCGCCAUCCGGGCUGGACCUGAUGGAGGUUGUUGUGUGGCUCAUGGGUGCAUGGUCCAUGUUUAUGAUUGGAUGUUAGAGGAACACCCUCCCUUGCAUUUAGACUACCAGAUUGUUAACGAUGUGGGAUGGAUGGAUGCGAAUCAUAUUGUGGUUAGCGCCUGCGAAAGGCUAGGCCGAGCAGACGGAGGCAUGGGUCUGUUCAAUGCGGCUAAUGGUGAGCUGCGACAUAAGUUCCAAGUUCAACAUGAAAACCAAGUCAAGAGUUUUACUGCAGGGGCUUUGGCCUUCAGUAGUAGCAGCUAUAAAAAGAUCUACUCAAGCUGUAAGGGUAGGAGCAAUGAAUAUGGAAUUGGGGUGUGGGAUCAGGAGACAGGACAACAGGUUGAUUUCUUCUACGAACCGUUAGGAUGGUCUCUCGGGGAUGCAGACCGGUUGCAAUGGCUACCAGCUUCCAACUGUCUCCUGGUAGCCACCCUUUUCCCUAGGAAGGAUAACUGUUAUAUCAGUUUGUUGGAUUUCAGGUCGAAAUCCAUGGUCUGGUCCUGGUCUGAUAUUGGGGCCUCGGGACCCAAUCCCCUUUUGGUCGAUGAUAAGCGUGUAAGGGAUGCACUUGCCAUGGAGGAUGCCUGCUCCAUAUGUGUUGUAAACGAGUUUGAAGAUUUGGGGUUUAUAGACCUUCGAAGCUCUGCUUCUAGUGUUAGGUGGAGCUCUAGGAGCCGUCUUGUUAAUGCUAUGAAAGCCAAUAAGAGGAUGCAACUAGCCGAAGAUGAACCUUGCUAUCCUAAGCUUGCUUUUCAUGACUCCCAGCUCUUCUCGUCCAUGAAUGAUUCUAUAUCUGUUUUCUCUGGCCCCGACUGGGUGUUGACCUCUCGGCUCAGGCGGGGAUAUGGUGGUCCUAUCUGCGACUUCUCCAUUGGUGGGGAUCGCCUUUUUGCCCUUCACAGUGAAGAAAAUGUGUUUGAUGUUUGGGAGGCUCCUCCUUCCUCGAACACCUUAUAACUUUAUACUUUAGUUUCUCCUCCGAUUACUAAACUUAACAUACAUGUGUGUACGUACAUAAAUAUGAGUCUUCUGUUUUACUCCCUCCCCUAACCAUUUACGCAAUAUGUGAAAUUUGUUUGAGCAGCUUGUUGCUGAGUCUGUAUGGCUGUUGGCUGUUGGCUGCUGCUAGUAGUUUAGGGUAUUAUACUAGAAGAAAUGACAUUAUACAAGGCCUGAUUCAAUAAAAAUGGUGGCCUAUAGUUUUGUGUGAUUGAGAAAGCUUUUGAGUUUUGAUAGUGCUACUGCUACAUUCUAGAUUCAGAAUUCUGUUAGCUGAAUCGUACUAAUGUGUUGUUUGAAGUACAUAUUUUUGUUCAUUGCUGAGCCUGAGCUCGAGCCGAGAGUCUCUUUGGCCGCACUCUCCUCCAUGGGUAUGAGUUGCCAUCGUUCUUUCCUCCCAAGACCCUGAUCAUAGUUCUCUAUGAGCGGGAUACACUAACUAUGACGAUGAUGAGCCUGAGCCAUGCUGUGGCAUUUUGAUGAAAAAUACAGUGAACUUUCUGUCAUUCAUGUACAAUGUGUAUUUUAUAUGCUUUAAUUAUUACAUCAAUGUUAAUCAAAAUCAAGCUUCAAAAUCUGCAAACGGAUUGUUUCUCGCAAAUCGGAAAAAACGAAUUGCAUUCAGUCUUGUACUAAUUUGAGAAAAUUGUGAAUUCACAAUGACGGAAAGGCAGGAUCGAUUUCAACUAAACUUAGUAACAAGAAAAACCCAUGAAGGAUGACAAAGUGGUUCAAUUCAAGUUGGUUGCUAUGCUGUUAUCUGUAGCAUCAAAUCUCCAAUAAUAACUAAUAACUAAUAAUUGCCUUAUAAGGAAAAGCAAACAGUGAUAUCUCUAUUCUGUUCUAAUCAGAUUAGAGACCUUGGUUUACAAUCUCUAAUCAUUUUUAAACUUUACUUUCAUUUAAAGCAAACACAUAAGCUUAGUUUGUCCCAC